AUGAACGGGCGCCAAACACAACUCAUCUGCGUCACGGUGGCGGCUGCCAGUCUGCUGGGUGCGCUCAGCUACGUUGCGUACAGGCAGCUGAGCCAGGAUCGCCCUGGCAGCCUGGGCGGAAAAGCGCAGGCGUCCAAGUUUCCUGUACGUGCGCCUGCCGCUGCUGCCGAUGCAGACGCCUUAACACCCGGACCUCAGGUCCCCAUCGAGCUCCCUGCCGAGUCACCAUAUCUGGCAGCGGACAGAGGCAAGGCCCUGAAGCUGCUAAACGUGCUGAAACAGGAGGCCAACAUUGCCUUCCAGGAGGGCCGCUUCGAAGAUGCACUGCGUGGCUAUCAGGACUGCAUCGAGGUUACGUCGGUCCUUGGUGCCGCAGACACGGAGGCUGUCAAGACGGAGCAGAUUGUGCGCGCGAACGUAGCAAUGGUGUGCAUCCGCAUGCACGAGUACGACGCGGCGCGUGCGGUGGCGACGAUGCUGCUACAGGACGCCGCGGUAGCGCUCCCAGAGGACCUCAAGGUGAAGGUGCUCUACAGGCGAGGGCUGGCCAGCAAGGCGCUCAACAACCGCACAGCGGCGCUGGCGGACUUCAACGCUGCUGUGCACUUCUCAAAGGACCACCGGAAUCCGGUGGUGGAGAAGGAGAUUGCACUGCUGCAGAGAGGCGAUGCAUGA